AUGACAACAACUGAAACUUAUCAUUCAACAUAUACAAAUCAACUAAUAGAUAAUUCAAAUUUAACAACAAAAGAUGAAGAUCCAUCAUCAAUUGUUGCCAAUGUAACAAUUGAUGAAUUAGUUGAAUCAUGUUGUAAUGAAGUAUUACCUUCAUCUUCAUCAUCUAGUCAAUUAAAUAGCAGUAGUAGUGCUUCACCAACACAUCUUGUACGAUUUGUUCAUUCACAAUCGUCACUUGUUAGUCAGAUAGAUGAAACAAAUAAUAUUAAUAUUCAACAAUCUCCUCCAAAUACGACAAUAUCUAGUCAUGAUACACCAAUAAAACAACCUCCAUUAAUAAAUGUCACACGUUUACCAUCACCAUUUUCAACAAUAAAACCAAAAACAAUUAUUGAAUCAACAAAUUCAAUGCAUAACACAACUAAUUUAACAAAUAUUACAGCUAAUAAUAUAAGUGUUAAUAAUUAUAAUGUUAAUAUUCAUACAACAAAUGUUCAACAACCAACACAAACAAUUUUAAAUAAUAAUAAUAAUAAUAAUAAUGAUCAUAUACAAAAAAAAUGUAAUCCAUUAGAUGAAAAACAAACAACUGAAAUAGUUACACAAAUAUUAAAAAAUAUUAAAGAAGUUGAUAGUAAUAAUGAACAACAGACAACAACAACAAAUUAUAAUAUACAUAUAGAUUCAUUUAAUUUUUCAUCAUCAAAUGAACAACAAACAAUAUUAAAUAAAAAAUUACGAAUUAAAAAAGAAGCUAAAGCAUUAACAAGAAUUAUUGUUAAAGAUGAACCAACACAACCGCCAUCACCAAAUUUUUUACGAAAUAAAAAAUCAACAAAAACUUCACCAAAUAAUCAUAUGGAUAAUAUACAAACAUCAUCAGAAUAUAUAGCAGUACCAUAUGGUUGGCAAAGAAGAAUAUUAGCUACAGAUCUUGUUGUUUAUCUUAGUCCAACUAAUGUAAUACUUGAUUCAUUGGAUGCUGUACGUCGUUAUCUUGAAUCAUCAACAUCAUGCAAAUGUGGUCUUCAAUGUCCGCUUAUUGUUGAUAAGGUAUUUAACUUUGAUUCAACAAUACUAUCAAAAUCUUGGGAAGUAACACAAGUUCUUGAAGGUACAAAUUGUCGACAGAAAUCUAAUAUAUUAGAAAUGGCAACAUUAACAAAUUGUAUUGAUUCAUUUUGUGAAAGCGAACAAAAACCAAUUAAACGUCGAAAACGAAUACAUAAUGAAACAACAAAUGGUAAUGUAUUUGUAUGUACGUCAAAUCUAAGUGGUAAUAGUAAUAAUGAAUCAGUUGUUUAUGUUAAUAAUAUUGGUCAAACAACUGAUAAUAGUCAAUCGAUGGCAUGGACACCUGUACAACAAACAAAUGUGACUCCUCCAUCGAAACGGCCACGUGGUCGUCCACGUAAAACUACUGCUGGAUCUCCAACUACUGCUCAAUUUGGUAGUAAAUCAACAUUAAAUGAUGUUCAUCAAACUCAACCUGUUCCAUCAUCUAUACUCUCGCCACCAGCAUCUGUUUCAUCAACAUCACAGACAAAUCAUAUUCAUCAAAAUUCAACAUCCCCAUCUACACAUAAUAAUAAUAGUACUGUUCGUUAUGUUAGUGAUAAUAUAUUAACACCACCAAUUUUAUCACAAUCAUCAUCGUCAUCAACAACAGAUACAAAUGUUAUUGCACGUGUACCAUCUUUAUUUGAUCAAGUUAAAACAACAACAAAUGAAUCGACAUUUGCUGUUUUAUCCGGAGUACAAAAUGUUUUAUUAUCACCUAAUCGAGAUUCAAAUAAUAAUAAUAAUAAUAAUAAUAAUAAACGUGUACGUGUGGAAUCAGCUUCAUCAGCUGUAUCAACAACAACGACAACUACAACUGCAAAUGGCAAACAGGUGACAUUGAAUGUCAAUGCUUUAAAACCGGAUUUUGUUCGUUCGCCAGCUAUUGCUCAAAAACCAUGCUUAACAUCAUCAUCAUCAUCCUCAUCGACAACAACAACAUCAAAUCAAAUGGAUGUUAUUUCGCUAAUGGGAACAUCAAAUCAAACUCAAGUAAUGCUUUCAAAAUCAUCAGCAACUACUGAAGAAUAUGUAUCAACAAAAUCGAAUAAUGAACAAAUAAAUGAUUCAUCGCAACCAUUAAUGAUUGAUUUUAAUGAUCCAUCAACAACAAAUUUUCUUUUAUCAGCUCUUGCAUCAGGUGCUUCAUCUGAUUCAAAUGCAAUUGUUAAUCAUCUUUUUCAAAAAGCACAAACUCAACAACAACGAACAAUAACAUCAUCACCACCAUCAUCAGCAACACCAGUAUCAUCAUUACAAACUGCAAUUAAUGCUACAACACUUAUUAAAAAGAAAUUACCAAUUAUUUCAUCUGGAUUAAAAAAUUGUACAGAAACGACAAAUUUAUUACCAAGUACAACACCAAUGCGUCAAUCAGUUGUACUACAUGUUCCAUCAACAAAUGAUUAUAAUCAACAACCAUCAUCACAACAAAUUAUCUUUAGUAAUAAUAAUAACAAUAAUAGUGAUGAGAAAAAACAACACCAACAAAUAUUUUUUAUUAAUAAUAAACCCUAUAUUAUUCAACAAAAGAUUACAAAUGAUCAAUCAUCACAACAACGAUUAGUUCUUACACCAUCGAUUCCUCAAUUAGAUGAAUCAUUCAAUUCUACUCGUAAUGUUGCACCUGUCAAUAAUAAUAUUAAUAAUACAAAUAAUUCAUGUAGUCAACCAACUCUUGAUGAUGGUGGCAAUUGCCUUCUGUUAAAUGGACCUGUUGAACCUAAAACACUUCGUACAUUACUUAAAGGUUUAAAUUCGUCAUCAUUUUCUGGUGUUGAUAAUCUUAUUGAUACAAUCAAUCGAUUUGAACAUACAACAACAUCAGUUGAACAAAAUGAUAAUCUUGUAAUAAAAUCAAUUCGAACAACAAAAGCUAGUCCAGCAAAAAAAUUAACAGCAAAUGCCGAUAAACCACCAACAAAACGUCGAACAACAAAAAAAACUAAACAAGAAGGAGAACAACAACAACAUCAACAACAAAUUCAAAUAUCGAUGCCAUUACCACCUCAACCUAUUAUUGUUGAACAACAACAACAACAUCAAUGGCAAACAGAUUUUAAUUCAUUUGAUUUUUCAACACCAUGGGGAAGUGAUACAAAUUUAAAUUCUCUUUUACUUAAUGAUGAUUUUGAUACAGCUGCUUCAUUUGAUGAUGUUAAUUUUGGCGAUUUUGAACCGUAUAUGAAUGGCAAUAAUAAUCUCAGUAAUAAUGAUUUAACAUUACCUUCAUUAUUUGUCAAGCCAUUACCACCAGACACUCUACCAAGUGUUGAUCAUCUUUUACCUUAA